CGGAAGGCAAGACAUUUAUUAAUUCCUGUUUAUGCAGUCUCAAAAACUCUUCUCCCUUAGAAAAGGACCUGACAUCAUGAUGAAUGCGAGUCAAGUGAACACUUCAGUCAGGUGUGAGCGCGACACAAGCGUGACGUCCAUUCUCUUCCCUUGCCUCUAUGCGGCUCUGUUCCUGCUCGCUCUUGUGUUGAACAGUCUGGGUGCCUGGAUCUUCUUCCAAAUCCGCAGCAGCUCAACGUUUGUGGUGUACCUGAAGAAUGUUGUUGUGGCUGAUCUGCUCAUGACCCUGACUCUGCCCGUGAAGGUGCUCACUGAUGCGGGGUUGGGCUCCUGGCACCUGCGUGCUUUUCAUUGCCGCUACUCAGCAGUGCUGUUUUACACCACUAUGUACAUCAGCAUUCUUCUGCUGGGAUUCAUCAGCUUGGAUCGCUACCUGAAGAUCGUGCAUCCAUUCGGGAAAUGCGCUCUGCAGAGGGUCAGGUUUGGUCAGGUUUUGUGUGCAGUUAUCUGGGUGGUUAUGUUGUCGUUGGCUCUGCCGAACGUUAUUCUGAGUAACCAGAUUCUGCAGAUUCCCACCGGUGGGCGGCUGCGGUGUACCAUGAUGAAAGGGAAGGUGGGACUCUUGUGGCAUGAAGGCUUUAACUACUUCUGCCAGGUGGUGUUUUGGGGUACCUUGGCACUUAUGGUUGUGUGCUACACCUUCAUCAGCAGGAAAGUGAUUGAGUCAUACCGCGCAUCACGGAGCAGCAGUGUCAAAGCCAGUAAACAGACCACAUCUAAGGUGUUUGUGGUUGUGGCCGUUUUCUUUGUGUGUUUUGCACCCUUCCAUCUGGCUCGAGUCCCGUACACCCUCAGUCAGACCCGAAACACCUUAGCCCAGUGCUGGACCAAAAACCAGCUGUAUUUUGCCAAGGAGACCACUCUCUGGUUGUCCUCAGCUAACAUCUGUCUGGACCCACUCAUUUAUGUGUUCCUGUGUCGAGUCUUUAGGAAGAAGCUCGCGGCAAUGUUGAUGCAGAGGUCCGUUCCUCAUGGGCCAUCUCUGACAGACACCUCGACCAGAAUGGAGAUGCCAAACAUCACACAUUUAAAUACAAAUAUGGAAUAUUAAUAUUGAGCUGUGCUUGUCAUAAGACUCAAUGUGCAUUCACAAUGACAGAGAUUUAACUGCUGGAGCAAAUAUGUGAAAACAGAAAUAGUACAUUUUACAGCAUAGUACGCCAUAGUAUCUCUCCCUUUUAUGGUAAGCUCAUUUGUCAAUUUUCUUUAUUUGGGAUGGGUACCAGCUUUGUGCACAUCACUCAUGAAAUCUGUCUGUGUUAGUUUAAUAUAGUCUUGUUCUAAACUUUGUCUCGUUAUCAGGGGGAACAGCAGUUUAAAUUUCCCUUGCAGUUGUCUCGUUUACACUUCCGCAGUCUCACUUCCUGUUAACUGUGCAGAUAGUGCACUCAAAAAUGAUGAUAUACAGUAUGACCUCAUAGGCAAAUUUGAACACAAUGCGUUUUAUACUAAUCAUUAUUAACAUUAAAGCAAAGGGAGUCUACAGGGAUAUUGAUAUUGAAAAUUCUCUUUUAGAAGUUAUUUUGAGUGUUUUAUGAACCCUGUCUGUAAAACAUGCUGUCUGUUUUGUGUUCAGGAACUCUGCUUUGUUAUUACUGCUCCAUGAAAUUGGAAUUUGAUUGGUUUCUUGUUCAGGUUUGUUAACUUGAGGUCAUCUUUAUGCUAAUUUACGUUUAGAAGAUGACAAAAUUAUGUUUUAGCAGAUCUAAUAUAAUAUAUCUUAAUAGAUUUUGGUCACGUUCCAGCUCAUACUUCAUCUGUGGAAGAUCUGCAGGGCACUGGUGUUGACACAAGUGGGCCGAGCCACACAUUGGACAUUCAGGCCCACACAAUCAUUGUCUUUCCCACAAGCCCUUUUCCCACAGAGAUCCCUGAAAGAAUCCCAGAAAAGUCAUUCUGACAACUAUGAGACUUUGUAAAUUCACACUGCCCCAGCUUUCUCGUAAUCUGUGCUGGCAUUCACACACAUCCCAGUACAAUCCUGUAUAGACAAAAGUCACAUCACGAUGUGACAUCUAAUGUAUAGCAUCUUGAGUUGACUGAUAACCUGCACCUUUUUACCCAAUUGUAAACAAAUAAAUUGUUUACCUUACCACUAAACUGACUGUUAAUUUGAUCAUCUGCUCUGAUGGCGAGUAGCAGGUCAUGGCAUCUCUCAAAUUCAUAUAUGUUAUCGUCUUUUUUGCAUUUCUUCUGUGUUAGGGGUGUAAAGGUAAGAGAUCUGCAUGGUAGGCGAUUUUAUUGAUUUUAUUCCAGUAGUAGGUUAUUAGGCCUACUUUUAUAAAUGUUUGUAUUAUUUGAUGUUAACUGUUUUUGUGUUAUUGGCUGCUGUCCUACCUACUGCAUGUCUCUUGAGGACAAUAAAGGUUCAAAUUGAGACCAGCCAAUAAAAAAAAUCACGUUAUCAAGGUGCAUUGCAAUAUUAUUAAUAUUGAAAAAUAAUAAUUUUAUUAAAUAUUAUUUUAAAAUCAUUUUAAAACAAAAAUAAUUAGCAGCAAGAGACAACAAAGUUGAUACUACCCUGCAACCGUUUACGUGUGCAUUUGAUUUAGUUGUUGGUUGCUUUUGUAAUUUAGUUUGAUUCUUCUGGCCUUCCUACUGGGGAAAAAACGAACAGACAACGUAACUAUGCUUUUUCCUUCAGAAAUGAGCAUUUAUUACAAUCAAAAUAAGAUCAUUCAUUUGCUUUUAUUUGUUGGUGUUUUUUGGCAGUAGUUUCUAUUUUCUGCUAUCACUGUUAAUUUUGUUUCUGAAUGGCUAAAGCACUUUUAUUUAUAAAUGUUUUUGUUAAAGUACUUUAUGCAAUAUAAAGUAAUGUAACUAAUACAAAUUAAACUUAUUUUUAAUAUCCUUGUACGCUUACUGUUGUGCUGCAUUUUUUAAGAAGCC